UCUUGCCAAGAUUUUUCUGAGUACGUCAUUGAAAUUAAAGUUUAUCAUAUGACCAGUAGAUCUCACUUCUAUUGGUUGGAAGUGUGAAGAGUCUUCACGAUUAUCAUAUGACAUAGCAUGUAUGGGUCCGCAAAUGAUUUUCAAAUUCCGCAAUAUUGCGGAAUUUAGUGUUGAAUUGCGACUAAUGUUCCAUAAUAAAACGGACAUAUUGCUCUUCUUGUUAUAUAUCGGCAUUUUGAUCUUCGCCGAGAAAAUCACUGACCAUCAUCACGCGUACAAUAGACACAGUCACAAAAUUACUCACAUGAAUCUCGUCACAUGCAACUGCACAGCAAAAGUCUGGCGCAGUAUAUCAAAUAAAUUUUUCGGUAUAAGCAUCUUCACGUGCCGAAUUCUUGAAACUUUGCGCAGUAUCGUUCCGCGGAAUGGAAUAUUUUGA